UGGUGCUGCUGCUGCUAAAGAGUUUGUAAGGAAGCUCGAAUGCCGAGGGCCACAGUGACUGCGGCCGCACCGCAGCCUCAACUCGGCCGCAAUAACACUCUCCAAACUGAAGAAUUGCAAUGAAACACACGCCCAGGUUUGAUUAGAAGACGUGGGAGUUGAUGUUAGAGUGACUUUUUCAAAGUGGAGCCGCUUCCUUGUUCGACAAGCGGGUGAAAUAUCUCAACAUCAUCACAAAGAAACUUUGCCUGCUAAGCUGCUAACUGGCACUCAACAAGUGAGGGAUUCUGUUUUGUUUGUAUGUUUUAAAAAAGUGUGUUCACCGCUGAAAACUUCACCAACUCCUGGUUCCGACUCAACUGUGGAGAGAAGUGCUGCUGCUGCUGCUGCUGUUGUUGUUUACUUUGAGGCUUUUUUCAUUCUCGACACGGUUUAGAGAAGUAGAAUAACUCGUCAUCAUCCUCAACAGCAGAGGAGGAAGAGCUGCAGCUGGUAACGAGCACAGUCUCCACACAGAGCGCCCCCCCCUCCCCUCCUCACUUCCACCAGGCAGAGAGGAGCCGAGUGGCCCCGGGUGAGUUACCAUGUCCGGCCGUGGAGUUGGACAGGGCCGGGGAGGUGCUCUGGGUCCACAGCCUCUGAAGGCAACCAUCCCCUACCAACUGACAAGCAAACCUCCAUCACAGCGCAGGGAUGGAAAGUCAGCUGGAAAGGUCAAACUGCACCAGCUGAGCUCUGGCAUGAGGCGAACGAUGUCUCUGGACGCCAUUGUGGGGCCGUACCUGCAGGGGCAGUGGCUGAAAGAAGCAGAGGGCCGCGGCAGCCUCUCUUACAAGGACAAAUCCACUCAGACUCCGGCCUCGUGGUCAGAUAAUUGCGGCGGCGCCAGCAGCAGCAGCAGCAGCAGCGGUGACGCCGGCAGCAGCAGCAGCAGCAGCAGCAGCAGCGGCGGCCACAAGCGCUCAGCAUCAUGUGGCAGUGCUGAGCAUCUGCGAGAGAUUGGUAAACUCAGACAACAGCUACAGCAGCGUAACAAGCCCGUGGUCUCGGGGGGACGUGACAGAGAGAGCCAGCGGGGUCAUCCUCAAAGGAGCUGUAACUUAGCAACGACUCAGGGUCAGUCCAUUCCCAUCCCUCUGUCUCCCUUGUCCACACUGGUCCCUCGACUGCGUUGCAGCGUGGAGGGUCUGAACCAGGAGCUGGAGGGCAUGUUUGUCUGCCAGCCACCAGAUCCUCCUCACAGGCUGCUCGAGGUUCCAGACGGUCACCGAGCUCCGGUUCCUCUGCAGAGCUGCAGCAGUGGUUCUCAGAGUGACCCCACCGACACCACACCUAUGUCCUCAUUCUCCCCCUCCCCCUGCUCCUCCCCCAGCUACAUCUCCACCUCCCCAUCCUCCAACUCAGAGGACGCUCAUGUGGAUCUGCUCCGAGGUGUGAUAGACAUCACAGAGACAUGCCUCCUGUCCCCGCUCUCCUCCCAGAGUGAGGCUGGUGUCUCCCUGCCUCCGCUCAGCUCCUCGUCCCCAGGGCCAAACAAAAGCUGCUGCUUCCAGAGAGAACCUCCAGAAGGCUGCGAGAAAGUGCUCGUCUGGGAGGAGAACAGCAAACCAGAGCCAACCCUCAUCUCGUCCUGUCCAGACCCCAACAAGGUGAACUUCACUCCUCAUGGAGGCUCCGCCUUCUGCCCCGUCAGCCUCCUGAAGCCCCUGCUUCCCUCCAUGGACUUGUUGUUCCGCAGCCUCACCGUCUCCCCAGCAGCCAUCUGCUCCAGUCAAGGGACCAGCUCCUGCUCGUCUGACAGCCCUGCUGCUGCUGCUGCUGCUGCUGCUGCUGCUGCCGCCGCUGCCGCCGCCUCAGAUCCUCCUGUGGGAGAAGAGUCUCUCUGAUCACAAGUCAAUAUCAUAUACCUACAUGAUCCAAAGCUUUAUACAUCACUAAAAAUCAAAUGAUGCAAAGAUUUCUUUGUGAGAGUCAGCUGGAGAUGUGCUGCUCACAUUACUCUCUUUUGUCCAAAGAAGCCAUGAUAUACACUUGUUAUUCAUUCAUUUACUUUUUUUCUUCUUUUUUUAAAAAACUUGAAAAGAGAAAACAAAAAUCAAGACAGAGUCAAGUUUUUAUAAACCUGAUGUCUGACUCUGCAGCUGGUGAACAAAGCAUGACAAAUCAGUUGAGUGUGUUUUUUUUUAUUUACCUGAUUUAUGACACAAUGAAAUGACAUUGGAUUUAAGGGAAUAUUCCAGAUGUUGGACUUGGGUAGUAUCUUUACCUAAAGGCUUCCGCUUAUGCAUUCCUGCUUUAUAAAGUGAUGGUUCAGGGGUUUGUUGUAUGAGGUACUGACACAUAAUCAGCACUGACUGUGCUGAUGUUUGCUGCUCUAUCCAGAGUUUAGAGCGAUUUAUCCAACUGGAAAAUGAAGAUUGUGUUGCUUUGUAAACUGUUCACUCACAGCUUUUCUCUCAUGGAAAACUCUUUGGACUUCAGUGAAAACUUCCAAUGCUGUCUUUUCAUACUUGGUUCUUUCUGCAGAAAACCUCCAUCUUAUAAAGUGCCUGAAUCAGUUAAAGGAGAGGUUUUCUUCUUCCACAGGUUUUUCUUGUGUUUGUAGAAGCAAAUUGUUUUUAUGAUAUCAUAGAUUUAAAGGCGCAGUGUGUAAAUGUUUUCAACACGUCUCUUCAAGUGUGUAGCCUUCAGUUUAGAGCCUUAUAUAAAAUAUAGACUUAUGGAAUACUAGGUACAUUAAUUGUUUCUUUAAAAGGAUUUCACCUGAAGUUGGGUUAAGUAGGUGCACACUGUGUCAGUACCUCAAACCACCACACAACCUGAACAUGGUUUUUGCUUUUGUAUCUCGUUGACUUGCAAAACAAAAGGUAACUUGUACAAGUAUUAUUGGCCGUUAUUCCUUGAUGUACUAGAUGUGAUAUUUUUAUAUAGUUCUGAGUUGACUACUUAAGCAGUUUUUAUGGUGUAGAUUACUGGUCCUUCUCCUUCUGCCAAGCGGACAGGUUGAUGUUCAGAAAUAGAGGAUUAUUUGUGUGUAGACACUUUUGCACAAAAUCAAACUGCAACUUUAUUUUUGAGUCGCAUUUGCUAGUUUUAUAUUCAGUUUUUGUACUGCCUUUUUUUUGUACUCUCAAUGACCUGCAACAUAAGCUAAGAACAACAGUUACUUUUAGUUUCAUUCUGUCGUUCUAACCGAGGCAGGUGUUACAUGAGAUAAUGUAUCAGGUGGAUUUUUUUUUAAUGCACUUCCGGGAACAUGCUUUUAUGUGGAGGAACCAACGUCAGUCCUGGGUUUAUUGUUUCUGAUGGUAGUUUUGUGUGUGUGUGUGUGUGUGUGCGUGCGCGCGGAUGGGAGGUUAACAAGUCUGACUAAUUUGUACUAGUUGUAGUUACCGAGUGAAAGCUGCAUUUAAACAAUGUUUCCAAAGAAGAUGUUUCUGUUAAAUGUGUGUGUGGAUGCUGGGGGAGGGCAGGGUGUUUUUGACGACAUGAUGUUAUCUCAGGUUCUGUGUUCUGUCCACAUAAACUUAUAUGACUGAUAA